CCGUUUCUCUUUCUUGUUCGCUCUGACCGAAUGGCUGCUGUGUGGAAAAAGUAGAAACUGCUUCUUCAACAAAUCAAUUCUCUUUCUCAUUCUCUUUUUCAUUUACGCAACACAGUUGCGUAUAUGCAAUUUUGAAGUUCACGCACCAAACAGCGAUCCACAACUCAGGCCAUGGCAAACAACACGGGAGAGGUUACAUCCAACGACUUUCUGGACCAAAUCCUUGGUUACGCGGGGACAGACGAAGUCGCAUCUCAGGCUCCGAUGAUGAUGCAGUUAAACUCCGGAAACAGCUCGAUGCACCUUGGUGGAGUUGGCGUUGGACUCGGAGGUUCUUAUGGAGGUGGGGCUGGCGGAGGGUUUCCGUUGGGGUUGAGCUUGGAGCAAAGGACAGGAGGAUUUAUGAAAAUGGAUGAUGCUUCAAGUAGUGGAAAGAGAUUCCAUGACGACGUCGUUGAUUCCCGAGCUUCCUCUGCCGUUAGGCCGGGUUUUCAUGGACAGCCAAUGCCUGGUACGGCUCCUUUAGUGCAGCAUCCACCUGCAAGUCGCCCAAGGGUGCGUGCUAGACGAGGACAAGCCACUGAUCCACACAGCAUAGCUGAGAGGGUAUGCAUAAUUUAUAGUUGUUACUAUAAAACGGCGUCUAGAAUUCAGUUUUCCGCAUAUAUCUGGCCACAUGAAUCUCAAGGAGUCUACCAAGACUACCAAGUUUUGUGUCCAUAUGGUGUUAAAAAAAAUAAUUACUACGUAGUUAGGCACUUAUACUGUUACAAUGGGAUAUAACAAGACAACUUUAUUCGUUGAAGGUUUUGUACUGCUCGCCAGAUGAUUUUUUUAACGAUGUUCUCUGGUUAAAUUUGUAGUCUUGAAUAAUUAUUUUGUUAGGAAAUUCUUCUGUAACAAUUGAUUGUUGCUGAGAUGUAAUGGAUUUAUUUUGAGUUAA